AUGUCAACUAAAAGCCCUGAAGACGUUAUUGUCGACGUUAAAGAAAUAGAUGAAAGGAAAGAAGAAGAAAAAAUGAAAGAACUAUAUAUAGCUAUUAGUCCAAAAGGCGAUUUCAUAGUCGAAUUUGGAUUCAAAUCGAAAUUCAAAUUUCGCAUGCUUAAUGUUAAUAAGAAGUUGAAUGAAAAUGACUACACGGACCCGGAUCUGAAAUAUGAUGAUAAUUUAUCAUCCAGAAAACUUUCAUGUGUUUUCAUCUCCGAAACAUUAGAAUUUACGAAAGAGCAAACCGAGUUGAUUACGUCCAAAGGUAACAGAUUGAGUUGGUCUAUUGCUGUGUCAGAUAAAUUGUUCAGUCUCAAGUCAUAUAAAGCAACUGUUAGAUUAUUAGCAAUAUCUUGUAUAAACAGUCAUGAUAUGACACUUAAAAAAUUUAUUGAAGACCCUAAAAUACCUGGAUUUACUAUCGUUUACUCUAUUAACAAAGAUUAUUCAAUUGAAAAAGAAGCAUUGUUACAAUUUGAACAUGGUGGAGUAGUCAAAUUGUUUUCAAAAAAUGAAGAUAAUGAAAAGACAGAUAUGAACGACCGAAAUAUGGAUAUUAAAAAGACUGACGAGGACCAGAAUACGGAUAUCAAAAAGAACGAUGAUGAUAACCUGAAUAUGGAUAUCAAAGAGACCGAUAAUCAAAAUAUGGAUAAGUACUUUCUUAUUAUUUUAAAUGUUUCUGGGAUUUAUAAGUAUCAUUUUGUACACUUGAAACGCAGAUCUAUUGGCGAAAUUCAAAAAUUAAAAUAUCCAAAGCGAAUAUAUAGUGCCAUGAUUAAUAAUAGCAAAUUAGAUAAUCCUAUGAGUCGUGAUGGGAAACUUGUGCUUGCAAAUUUGAAUUUGAAAUAUAUUCUAAGAUGUUUAGAUAAGCAUUAUUUUUUCGUAGAUACUAUACGUGGAGAUUUCAUGGCAGAUGUUCCUGAUAAUUUCGCAAUAUCAAAUAAUAGCAAAUUAUUAGCAUAUAGAUCUGGAAGUAGGGUCAAAUUAUUCUUGAUUGAGUGUGGUUUUGAGAUAGCAUCUAUAGGGCUAGAGACUGGCGAUUCUUCUAUUGAGUCUUUCAUGCAUUUUUUUAGCGAGAUCGAACUCGUUGUUAAUAACAAAGAAGAGAAACAAGGUAGUCUUUCUGAAUAUAAGCGAAUAUAUGAUAAUUUAAUCUUAGAGCAUUUAAAGAGGAAUGAUGACGAACAAGACUUGAAGGUUCUAUCGCAAAAAGGAGACUAUCGUCAAACAUCAGAAUUCUAUAAAAUAUUUGAACCUUGGCUAUCUCAUGGAGGCCCACAGCAUUCGGUUUUUCUCGAUAAAAAAAAGGAAAUUUUACUUUUGAUUGGACGACAGACAAUCCAGAUUUGGCAUGAUCGAGAUGAAAAAAAAACUCUUGAAUUCAUUAGUGUGAUCGAUAGUAUUGAAAACUCAAAUGAAAGAGAUAAUAAUGUUAAAAGAUUCGAGAUUUUAGUCAAUGAAAAUCUUUUAAAAUUCAAAGAGAUAGUCAAACAAACACGAAACAUUAUUCACUCUCAUCGAAGCGAGGGAUAUUCACUUAUAAAAUAUAUAUUAUUUAAUGAAAAAAAAGCUGCCAAUGAUGUCGAUGAUCCCGAAAACUAUAUUCUUAAAACCCUUAAUAGUAUAGCAUCCAAAUUUGAAAUUUAUAAACAACUUUCACAAGACAUAAAGCCAGAGCAAAAUAGAUCAUUGCAUGAGAAAUCACUCCACAUGCCACAAUAUUAUUCGUGGGAAGGUGGAAACAAUACAAUUCGUAAAGCACUUUUAGAUGAUGAUCCAAUCUUUCUAGGAUAUUUUUUAGAGUAUUAUUCUAAUAAAGCAGUCGAUGAAAUUGGGUGGAUGAUUACAGUUGGUGAAAUUAUACCAGAGCUAUAUGAUGAAAAGAAUAAAAAUUAUGGUUUUUGUACCCAUAACACAGUUCCAGAAGAAUCCGUUUUGGAAGCAAGAGAAAUCAGCCUUGAUAAAAUUCCUGAUAUUAGAAUGGUGCCUUUAAUUGAUUUCACGACAAGUAAUGAAUUGUUGGAAAGAAGAGGAAACAAAUACCUGAAUAUUUUAAAAUCUAUUUUCCGCCUUAGUGAAUUUGUAUAUCUGGAUAAGCACUAUAAUCCUUUUCUUUUUCUCAUAAAUGCAGUUGAAAAUAAUUAUGAUGAUCCUUUUUAUUAUAACCCAUCCAUGGAGGCCAUUAUAAAUUUCAUGUGA